AUGGCUUCACGCGAUCCAUCCCCUUUGUCCUCCAUCGACACAGCCGACGACUCAGAUCGCGACUCGGUCAAGAACGAGAGCCGCGCUCAAUCCCCGUCAGCUGUGAAUAUGCCCCCGUCAAAACGACGUCGCACAGGAGUCGCAUCCUGGGAUCGACAUACUCCCAUGUCCACCUUACAAGACGAUAUCCCUCCUCCGGCUUCCCCCUCGUCCUCGAUUUCCUCCGACACCUCGGGCGAGAUUCCGAACUCCCCUGUGCUUUUCGGCGCCGCGCUAGGCGGCAACACACAGGAGGACGAUUACAGUGGACAGUGCAGUGAUCAAGUCACAGUCUGUAUGUGGGAUGGAUGUACGGCAGGGGACCUUGGCAACAUGGAUGGUCUGGUGCAACAUAUACACAACGACCAUAUCGGGACUCGGCAGAAGCGGUAUUCCUGCGAGUGGAUGGACUGUUCCCGCAAAGGACAAACGCAUGCAAGUGCAUAUGCAUUGCGAGCCCACAUGAGGAGCCACACUCGAGAAAAGCCAUUCUAUUGCACAUUACCUGAAUGUGAUCGUAACUUCACUCGCUCAGACGCCCUCACAAAACACAUGCGCUCGGUGCACGAACUCGACAGCUUGCGCCCUACCGAGGUCAAGGCUGCUGCUCUCGGCAGCGCAGCCGGCGCAACGGGAACUCCAGUCGCGAAGCUUCAACGUAUUCGCCUCAAGCUCUCACAACCCUCAAGAGACCACGGCAGCGACGCGGAAACCGUCAACGAGUCUCUCUCAACCACGGCAACGGGGCACGAUGACACUGAAGAUGCAAGUUUGUCCGAAUUUGGACCGGAACUCGGCUUCGACAAGCGUGAACUUGCCAUGGCUCCACGCGACCUCUACCGUCUGCUCCGAAGACAAAUUCACUGGGCUGAGAAUGAGACCGCACAACUGAAAAGUUUAUGGGACCAGCUGCGACCAAAACGUGAGCAAGCGUGGCUGGAGAAGGAGGCUAUAUUUGACGACGUGAUCGAUGCCGAACUUCGACUCUUCAGCGCUCUUGUUGGUGAUCUGGGUCCCAUUCCAACUGGCACUGACAGCUCUGUGACGAGUUUGGAGAAGUUGCAACAGCAGCAAAUGCAAUUCAAACAUCAGCAGGAUCAACUGCAGGCCAAACCAACAGAACAACCAGAUGACGACGUGGAUGGCGCGGCCUGA